GGGAGGUUCUGCAGCGGGCGAUGAGCAAGUGGCCACAGCGCAACUUCAUCGGCAUGCGGACGUUCAACGUGCGGACGCAGGCAUUCGGCAGGUACGAGUGGAAGACGUAUGCGGAGGGGCGCGAGCUGCUGGACAGUUUUGGCUCAGGCCUGGAGCACGUGUUCAGCAAGUACGUGUCGACUGAGUCGGCACGCAGUGCGCAGGCGCUGGGCAUCUAUGCAACCAACAGGUCGGAGUGGAUGCUGGCAGAGUUCGGCGGGUUCCGAUCGCGCAAGUACUCAGUGGCUCUGUAUGAUACGCUGGGAGCAGAGUCGGUGGAGUACAUUCUGAACCACGCCGAGGUAUCGGUGGUGGUGUGCUCGAUUGACAAGAUCCCGCGGCUGCUGCGACUGAAGGACAAGAUCCCGUGCCUGAAGGCGAUCGUCUGCAUGGACACGUUUGCUACGCAUGCGCGCAACCCAGCAGCUAUGCCGUUUACAAUCAACUCGGUGCGGGUUCUGCACGAGUGGGCCGAGUCGAAGGGCGUGGCCCUGCUGGAUGUCGACCAGGUGACGGCCAUGGGGCGCGCUGAGCCGACUCAGCCUGAGCCGCCGAAGCCGUCUGAUAUCUGCACAGUGCAACCCGAAGGGGCAAUUUCGACGCAUGCUGGAUACACGUAUUCGGCAAAGGCCGCGUACCACAGCACGCCGACUGACGGGUGUGUGUAUCUGUCGUUCCUGCCGCUGGCACACUGCUACGAGCGCAACAUCAACUACGUGGGGCUACUGGGUGGCGGUGCUGUCGGGUACUACUCGGGCGACGUGCUGCGCAUCGCCGAGGACGCGCAGGCGCUGCAGCCGACCAUCAUGAUCGGCGUUCCGCGGCUGUUCAACCGGAUCUACGACCGGAUCACAGCAGCGACGAUCUACGCGCCAGGCAUAGCUGGUAUGAUUGCGCGCACGGCGAUUUCGCAGAAGCUGAAGAAGCUGAAGCAGCCCGGAGGCACGGUGACGCAUGCGUUCUGGGACCGCGUUGUCUGCCGCAAGAUCGCGCAGUUCUUUGGCGGAAAGCUGGAGUUUAUGAUCUCGGGAAGCGCGCCCAUCGACGCCAAGGUGCUAAGCUUCCUGCGCGUAGCCAUCGCGUGCCCGAUCCUGGAGGGCUACGGGCAGACCGAAGGCAAUGCGACGGCCACUGUGUGUCUGAUGGAAGAGAACACUGCUGGCCAUGUUGGUGUGCCACUGCCGGGCGUCGAUAUCCGCCUGCGCGACUGCCCCGAGAUGAGCUAUCUGUCGACCGAUCCCAACCCGCGUGGCGAGCUGCUGGUAUACGGCCCGCAUGUGUUUGCCGGUUACCUGCAUGACGACGCCAGCACUGCAGCGACCAUCGAGAACGGCUGGCUGCUGACCGGCGACAUUGGCGAGUUCCUGCCCGACGGCAACAUCCGCAUCAUUGACCGCCGCAAGAAUAUCUUCAAGUUGGCGCAGGGCGAGUACGUAGCGCCGGAGCACCUGGAAAAUGUCUAUACCAAGCAGCCGCUGGUGCAGCAGGUCUAUACCUUCCUGCCGUGGGCCCACAAGCUCGUGGGCAACAAGGAGGCCACGCUGGAGGAGCUGUGCAAGGACGCGCAGGUCGUCGGUGCUUUGCUGGUUGAGCUGGUGCAGCUGGGCCGCAAGUCGAAGCUGCAGGGCUUCGAGAUCAUCAAGGCCGUGUUUGUCGAACCUGUGCCUUUCGACAUUGAGACCAAUGCUCUGCUGACCUCGACAUUCAAGCUCAAGCGAAAUGUCGCCUGCGACUACUACCGUGCGCAGAUCGACGAAAUGUACCAGAAGAUCACGGCCAAGAAAUAAUCAAUAUACUAGCUCUGCUCUAUCCAUGAAAAAUCUGUUCUCG